AACCGAGCUGCGUUCAAAGACGGGGAUUAAACUCGUUUAUUUUAUGUUCAAGGCAUAAAAGCAACACAGUUGGCUGAAAAGGAAGAUGACCGGUGUGAAAUAUUAUAUUACUAACAAUGCAAACUAUAUUAUAAGUAAUGCAAGUAUGACACAGCCAUUAGUUUAACCUCUACAUGAUCAAAAGGCAACAUUUUAUUGUAAUCCAAAUCAUUAUUUACUCAUUUGAUUUCAUUCACAUUAAACAUAUGCCUAUAAAAAAAGUACAAAAGACACUGUUUCCCACUUUAACGCAUAUUGUGUAGUCGGGGUCUAGUGGUUUUGUAUUAUCAAUGUACAGUCUUUAAAUUCCUUGUUUCGAAGGACUUUGAAAGCGCCUUCAUCUCCCAUUGAACGGUUUCCCCGUGAGCCCAAUAUGGCCGACACUCAGAUUGAUCAGAAUAUUUGGCACCAAAGGUCACCAGUUUUACUGGAUUGUACUUUUCUUGUAUGUAUUAUUUGGGGAUACGAGUUUGGAUUGUGCCUUUAUGCGUAAAUGUGGCUUUGGGCAUACACUGCAUGCUGUAACACAAACUGAGGGGACUGAUUUGAACCUUGGACUGAAAACCUAAAUUAUGCAGACCUCUGGCGCCCCCUAGGUGUAAUGUUGUGCAAGGUACAUGUUCUUUUCUCAACGGCGAGAUGUUCUUAGCCGAGUCAGUUUUUUCAUUCAGCGGCCUGAGGCAAAAUGGGUGAAUAAAUCGUUUCUAAAGGUUUAGCACUGCAUUUUAAACCGCACAAUAUGUAAAAAAAAAAUAAAAAAAUAAGGCAAAUGGUUUCUUGCUGAAUCUAUAUCUGACUGAGGCAAACACAUAUUGUGGAAUCACUGUGAAGUAAAGACCAUCACUCAGUCAUCAUUCAGUAUACCUACAUCCAACACUUUGCUGACAAAUGUUAACUCAUUUUUGUCUUUGUAACUUCUGGUCAUAAUACUAUAAUUUUAAUUUAAUAAUGUCUUAUUGUAUGUAACAAUGUAAUCUUACAAUAGACUAUGGCUUCAGAUUUUUUGGUUAAUGUGUCUUGUUUAGAAACGGCAAGCAGUGGUAAAGAAACGGUUUCAUAAGACAUCAGGGCUUUGGGGCAUUAAUCUUAAGGCUGAAUUUACAAACUCAGUACAGACACAAGAAGGACACAGAGGGACAUAAAUGUUUCUUCUUUCAUGUUUUAUGGCUUAAGGACGUUGAAUAGCUAGUGCAGAGAUAUAUUCUUGCCUGGUCUAUAAAUAGUCCAAGAUGCUGAUGCGACAGGAUGUGAAAUGCCAAAUUGUUGCGAUAAUUUCAUUAGUUUUGAAAGUCAUAAGCGACCCAACUACAGAUUUCAAAGUUAUCUCAACCUUUAUAUUUUGAUUGGGGGCAUUAUCCAUAAUCGCAUGGCUUUCGAGCAAUUAGAUUUCCAGACUCUCUAAUGACCAAAGGGAGGCCGUGUGUGACUCAUGCUUCCCCCCUUCUCGUGCGCACUGCUGACUGGACAGUGCGCUCGCAGUUCCGCACGCUGUCCUCUUGGUGGCGCCGUGUGCACAUCCUUCAACGCUCUUGCCUCGUCUACCUGGCUGUCGCACCAUUAGCAGUCUUCUCCAGCACAUAUGGGCUUUAAGUUGUGCUCCAAGCUGGAAUCACGCCCCACAAAACUGGAGUUGUGGAUAGGCCCAGGAGGCUGUGACUGGCUCCGUUCGUCAUAUUGCGUCAGAGUAAACAAAAACGCUGACGUGAAUUAAAAAAUAAAUAAAUAAAAAAAAAUCAAGUGCUUGGUGAGAUAUAUGUCUGAUUCAACUGUGGGUAGCAGCACACGAUGUCCUGCGUUUUUAAUUAUCAUAGGCAUCCCUUCAACAUUUAUGGACAUUUAGAUCCAUGCAAAGUGUCCAAAAAACUUCCACUCAUUUUGGACGCGCUCUCUUUCCCUUCUCUUUUCACUCCUUUUCCACGCGUUUAAAGCCAAGUUCGCGCAGUGCUGCUUCACUUAAUUGGCCUUAUUAAUAUACAGUAAUGAGCUCCUCGAUGCAAGAAAGCAGCUAAGAACAAGGACAGUUUUGGUACUUUAAUUUUCUAAAAUAAGGCUUCCCCGGGCCUUGCUGUUACUGCUUCAAACCCUAUUCAUAUAACAAAAAGUUUGCCAUUCUGUAGCUAUAUUUCGUUCAGACAUUUCAUUUUAAACAUUUACAGUACAUAGAAAAUGAUUAAUUAACGCUGAGUAGAAAUGUGGCCUGCGUUAUUGCACCAAAUGACGCUUUGAGGAAACGCACCAGACGCACGGCCAUUAAAACGACAUUAAAAUGUACAACGCAAUGAUUGGAAAAGGAUAGAAAAGACAGAGAUGCGCUGCUGUGCAACCGGAGACGAGUCACUAGCAGCGGACAGCGUCAGUCCCUGGAGGCCUUGAACUUCUGAAGCCUGAUCCCUGUUAUGACAAAACCCAACCAAUCGUUUCCCAGCUUUGCCAUAAUCAUACGGGCCUAAUUGGACUCAUUGAUGACGCCAGCGCACAAAUUGAUUGGUAAUGGCCCUCGCAUAACAGCGGUGUGCGUCUCUGCGGUUCAAAAGAGUAAAGUUUGGGUUGAAAAACUUGAAAGAAAAGAAAGAAAAGAGGGGGAUGGGUGGGAGCUUAUAGAUGCAGGCAGGUGGGAUAGGGUCUGACGAGGAACUGUACUAUUAUAUUCCGGGAGGGAGGCAUGAUGACGUCUACUGCAUCCUUAAUGUGACUUAUCGGGGGAGGGCGGAGGGGAGAUAAAAAUCCAAGGCAAUCACAGCACAGGACAAAAGUUUCGAGCGAGCGAUAUGAAGACGCACGCGACAAGAGCAGGGCGCUUUUGGUGACUUUUUCGGGAGACGUUUUAUUCUUCUUCUCCAACGUGCGCGCAAUUGUCUCCUCUUUUUCUUUCUUUCUUUCACUGACCGAGUCCAAAGUGAGAUAGACGCGGAACAGAGGGGAACAUAAAGCAGAGUCAACGCGGAGACGGCGCUCCAGCCAAGGGGAGAUAGAAGUGCUCUCUCGACAGACACGCCCGGACCCUGCCUUCCCUCUUCCUCCCACAUCCUCUGCCUCCCUUCCAGUAACAGCAGCAGCAGCAGCAGCAGCAGCAGCAGCCAGUAGAAGCACCGCGCGCCACCGGUUCUCCCUUUCUUCUUGAAAUAGCAUGGCCAGUUCGAGUAAAGCCACUUUAAUCUUACUCAUCUACGGAAUCUUAGUGCACUACAGCGUCUUCUGCACACCCCUUGGACUAAGUUACCCUAAAAUCAGACUUGACAACGACGCCUUCGAUGAAGACGGCAACACAUUACCGGACAUGGGUUUUGACACGGACCAAAUAGCGAUACGUAGCCCGGACGAAUCGUAUACCCUGUACUACCCACCAGACAAGAGAUCAGAAAGGCAUGCUGAGGAGGAAUUAGAUAGAGCCUUGAGGGACAUCCUGGGUCAGUUAACAGCGAGACAUUAUCUGCAUUCGCUGAUGACAAUACGCGCAGGCGAGGACAACAGCGUGGAGGACGAGUCGGAGCCCCUUUCCAAGAGACACUCGGAUGGCAUCUUCACCGACAGCUACAGCCGCUAUAGGAAGCAAAUGGCCGUGCAGAAAUACCUGGCAGCGGUUCUGGGCAGAAGGUACAGACAGAGAGUUAGGAACAAGGGACGGCGGGGGCUGGCCUAUUUGUAGCGUCUUUUUUUGCGAGAACGCGCCCCAAACUGCCCAACUGUGUAAAUACAUCGAGUCGUUAUAAAAUUCAUCCACCUAUAUCUGCCAACCAGUGGAUUGCGCCUGUGUUCUUUCAACAUGUAUUUAUGUAUGAAGUAAAGCCAUUAAAAUCAAUAUUUUAUUAAUAAUAUCGUUUUUUUUUCUUUUUGUACUGAAGCACUUCUUGAGACAUAACCUACACAGUUGUGGACCAAUAUUUUAUUUUCAUGUCAAGAUGUUAAAGAAAAUGAGAAAAAAGCUUAAAAAGAAAAGAGAUUUAAAUGUGCACCUUCAACAUUAUGCGCUUGAAAUCUUUAAAAGUCAUCUACAUAUGCAGAAAAUAAAUAGAUUUUAAAAGACAAUCAAAGUAUUGAAUGUUAUACUUAUUUUUGUAAGCUAUUUUUUUAGUGUUGUUUAUUUUGUUUUCGAACAGGCCCAAAGAAGCAGUGAGCAUGCUCUGUAAACCGAGGCUUAUCCUAUAUAAAUUCUAAAUGUUUUACACCGGACUGGUGAGCUAUGUGACAUUGAUGUAUGGCCUCAUUUGGUGGCAAAAAUAGAAAAGAAAAAAAAAAAUUGCCUAAUCUUUAAAACCGUCAUUGUGGAGGCAUGUGUUACAGAGAUGUGCUCACUUGCCUCAAAAAAGUGUACGAAAAAUGCAUCCAUAAAGAGAGUUGUGUUUAUUGUGUACAGACGAGGAAAACUACAAUUCCCAGUGUUGCCUGCUCAGUCCACAGUUUCAUUCAGAAAAAUGGGGGCAAACUGUUGAGUGCAGGCUGCACCAGACCGACAUAGACAAGAGGACUAUUAUAUCGGCUUCUUCAUCCUUAAUGGUGCAUGUAAAGGCUGAGUUUUGCUUUAAAAAUUGCAUGACACACGUGCUAUAUAGAGAUUUUUAUUUGGGCUUAUGCUUUAAGCCUCAUUUUGCACCACAGCUCCUCCUUCUCAAGUUAAGGAGCUUCAGUGUGGUGAUGACUGGUAUUGCACUGACUUGUUGACACUGGACGCCCUUAUCCUAUAUUUUUUUAACCUAAUUGCCUUUUGUCUCCUGUAGUCGUAGUAGUAGUAUUAGUAGUAGAAGCUAUUUGAUUUUAUUUUUCUCUCUUUUUGCUUCAAGAUGGCCGUGCUAGUUAUCAUAUAAAUACUUUUCUUUUCGGUUAGCCUAGACAGUGCCGUAGUUGGCUUUUGUGUUGGAUGUGUGUGGAGAGCGUGUCGUGAGGAUGUGAUAAAUAGAUGGGAAAUUCGUGAGGAAAGGAAGAAUUGAAGAAAAGAGUGGUGUAAGAGUUGAAGCCAUUGUGUGAUCAUUUAUGUAGAAGAGAAAGAGGUAGACUUGACAACUUGAGGGUCAAUGAGUCUGAAAGUGGAUGUCAGGCGUUGAAUUCCCUCACCUUUGUCAAUUGGAAGUUGGAGGCCAUCUACACGAGUGCAGUUUUGGUUCAGCACGUUGCAUCUUUUUGGCAUUAUUAGCACCUAAAGCUAAUAAUGAGCUUGCCUUCAUUGUAGUUUAUGCACUUUUUUAAAACAUAUUUUUGUAUUAAAAAUAUGUUUGGAUGAAUUUAGUUCUAUAUUUUCUGGCAGAAUUAUUAGUAACUGAAGCUAAUAAUCAACUUGCUUCUUAUGGUUUUAUUUUUCGUUACCAAAUUUCUUCGCAGAUAACUUCACAAAUCUAGCAGAUUCAUUCUUUUUUUUUUCUUUUGCUGCUCCUGCAUCCAAACUUAACCAAGCAUACAAGAUGGCUGAUAUGCUGCCACAUACUUGCCAUGCACAAUGCUUUUCUUAAUUUUUACUUUUUGUCCUUUGCCUUCUGACGUCACUACUGCAAAUCAUGCCUUCUCAAUGAUUUGCAUAUUCAUUUAGCAUAUUUUUUAUGCUAAAUGCCCUUUUUGCUCAUGCUUCAUUCUAAUUAAACUAUUCUUUUUCCUUUUUAAGUGCUAUGUACAAAAAUAUUAAAGUACAAAAUUGCAUUAGUGUGGACAAAGCCUAUAAGAUUGCUUCCUUAAUGGCAUAGAGCCUGUCUUAGUUGUAGGUUGUGUUAUUUUAAAUGCUGAUUUGAAAUAGAUGCGCUUUAGUGUAGAUAUUGCUGACUGUAAGAAAAGACUAAACGGAUUUUCACAGCCCUCCAGCCCAGAGAGACCUACGUAUUGACUUUUAUUAGACCAAUAUCUUAUGAAUUUAUUCCAUAUUAUGCAAAUGGCGUUUUAUGCAUCCCUUGCAAUCCAAUCUCUGGCCUGCAUCCUUCUUUUUUCAUACAAAACUAUAAAUAUGUUGUCAAAUUGGGCUUUUCUUCCUACAGGCUUUGUGCGAGAGUGGUAUCAAUGUAGGUGUUUUGCAAAUAUCUGUAUCCGUGUGUUUGUUUGUGUGAAUGAGGAUCAAAACGUGGAGGUGGUGGAAACAGCUUUUGGCUUCGGUGCCUUGCUUUCGACGUGAGAAAAAAAAUGUACAAAAAAUGAAAAAAAAAAAAAAAUCGCCACAAGUGACAGAUGGCAAUUUUAGUGGCCCUACGAUGCUGCAGUCCAUGAGCUUACAUUCAAACGUCCUUUUUUAAUGUUGAAUUGCUUGGCUUGGUCCACCCCAACAGUAGUAGUAAUUAGGCUUUCUUUUUAAAGCAUGGCCAAUACUUUAUAGUGAGUAAAAUAUUAUUAAAAUGGCUAGAAUGUAUAUGUUGAAGGAGCAGGCAAUGUAUGUGUGUGCAUGGGGUGUUCAGUGUCUGUGGGAGUUGUGAACAAACACCAGUGGUAUUAUAAAUGUUGACUAUAUGAGGUGUUGUUUCUUUGAUAUUGGUCAGUACAUUUUAAAGAAAUUAGCCCCUUAUAUAACUUAUACUUUCUCAUGUACAUCACUAUCCAAAAGUACAAGGGUUACAGAACCAUGACGGAGAUGUUGUUCCGCUCAUAGAAAAUGCCUGUUGUUGAUAUUUCUGAAAGCGCCAAACGCCUUACUUUAAAUGUUGACUCUUCUCUUCUCUAUCUGCAAAACUCUGUGUUUUCAAAGUGAACCUUAGUACAAGUGGCAUCGUUCUACACACAGGAAUCCUUUAUGGGGUUUUACGUUUCUCAAUGUCAUGAAGUGUUGUAAGAUUUGUAUGAAUAAAUUUUUGUAAACAACA